AUGCCCAGUGUGUUUGAGGAAUUCAUAAGAACUGUAGUCCAAGAGAUGGAUCCCGGAGGGGAUAUGAUUCCUGUCAGAAGCGUCAUCGAUGCUGACAGAUUCUACUGUUUCUGUUUGGUGAGGGAGAAGAGAAGUUUCUUGGGAAGCUGGUACUACAGGACAGACCUCACCUUGAUGGACAUACUGGAGAGACGGGAGGGUGAAGGGCCCUGCGAUGAACUGGAUUCUGGGCUCCAAGGUCAGUAUGAGGCUGAGUUCCAAAUUCUAGACAAGGUGGACUCAAAGGGAAAGUUGAUAGUGAAAUCUCAAAUAACAAUCGCAGGGGAACUCCAGGGGUCUCAUGAGCAGAAAAGCAAGAAAUUGAAGAACCAGAUAUCCCAGCAAUAUCUGGAUACCCUUGAGAACAGGCAGCUGAAGAAGAAACUACCACCUUCGUUUCAAUCAAUUCACACAAAGAGAGAAGACCUGUAUCUGGUGACAGAAACUCUGGAGACAGCAAAGGAGGAAACCCUGAAAAGUGAAGGGCAGUGUGGAUUUUUGAGCCAAAUCUAUCAGGGCCAUCUCAACUAUCAACGAAACACCCAAGGGAAGUCACCAUCCCCCCCGAAUCGGGUCCUGGGCUAUCGAAUAAAGCAGCUCGUCUUCCCCAAUGAGGAGAAAAUGAGUAUUUGUUUCUGGGGCAAAACAAAAUCCUUUCCAGAAGAGAAGGGUGGUGGUUCAUCCUGUUUAGGGAAGUCCUUGAGUUCGGAGGAUUCCAGAAACAUGAAGGAGAAGGUGCAGGACAUGGUGAGAAGCCUCCAGGGUCUGAUGGAGGAGGAGCGAAGAGAUGUGCUAAGCUGCCUCACAAAGUGCCUCAGCAAGGAUGAGCAUCUGCAGGAUCUAGAGCAAAGAGUGUCUGACGCCCUGAUCUCUGGAGAGCUGCAGAUGGAGGGCUCAGCAGGUCCUCUCCUGAGCACUUUUAAUACUGCUGGGAUCCUGGUAGAAGCGCAUGCAGAAGCCAGUCUGGACUUCCUGGAUGCCUUGAUAGAGGUGUCUGAGGAGAAGCAGCUUGUGGCUGAGGCCCUGGAGAAAGGGACCCUGCCCCUGUUGAAGGACCAGGUGGAGUCCAUCCUGGAGCAGGUCUGGGAUAAGCAGGCCAGCAAUGCUCAUGACAUGAGCUGUGACCCUGAGACACGAACCUUCUGUGCCCUCUAUGUUGCUGUCUCCAUCCUGCUGCAGCUGUGUUCGGAGCCCACCUCUGCCUCUUCCUAA